AUGGGGGGGGGUUCCUCAGUGAACAUGGGGUGCGUGUGUGUUUGGCCUAAGGUGGAAACAGGGGUGAACAUGUGUGAUGUGUUUUUCCUCAAGGGUACUUGGGUGGUGGGUGGGGGGUGUUUUGCCUCAGGGGUUGUUCAUGUGGGUCGUGGGGUGGUGUGCACUAUGGGGGGAACAUGUGUGUGUGUGUGGUGUUGGACACAGCUGAUUAAUGGUGGUGUGGUGUGGGGGGUACCCAGAAGGGUUGAUCAGGGGGGUGGGGGUGUGUGUAUUUUGGGGGGUACAUGGGGGGGGGGGUGGGGGGUUCAGAAAGGGAAAUUGGGGUGGGGGGGUGGUGGGGGGUGUCACUCAUGUGUAAUUGGUGUGGGGUGCCUCUGUGAACUAUGGUGGGGUGGUUGUGGGUGGGGGGUUGAUUCAUGGUUAAGGUGUGGACUCUUGUGGGGGGUGGGUGGGGGGGGGUGUCCAUCAUGUGAACAUGUGUUUGGGGGGGUGUUGGGCAAGCUGGGGAUCAUGGUGGGUGGGGGUUGGGUGUGCCUCAGAGUGUUAGGUUGGGGGGGGUGGGGGGGGGUGGUGUGCCUCAGGGGAUUCAGGUGUGGUGUGUGGGGGGGUGUCACCACAUGGGAUCAUGUGGGUGUGGGGGGGUGGUCCGCAUGGUGUAAAUUGGGUGGGGUUGGUGGUGUGGGGUGUCAUCUAGGGAUCUUGUGUGUGGUGGGGGGGUGUGGUGGGUUGUUACCGCUGUUACAGUGGUGGGGGGGGUGUUUCCGACAGGUAACAUGGGGUGGGGGUGAACAUUGUGGGGGUGGCAACGAUGGUGUAAUAGUGGGUGGGGGGGGUGGCCUCAUGAUCAUGGGGUGUGUUUGUGUGGGUUCACUAUUGGUUAUUGUGUGGUGGGUGUGUUCCAGACUGGGGUACAGGGGGUGGGGGGGGGCAGCUGGGGGUUAA